CAAACUUCAAAGUGGUUUGAUUGUGAACGUAGAAAAUAUUAAAUUGACUAUUACUUGCUGUAAUAAAAUUAAUAAAAUGUCCAAACGUUAUAUACCUCAACAGAAUGGAAUUCGUAAAAAAGCAAAACUUGAUAUUACUGUUUCGGAUCAUAACUUUCCUCUGAGUCAAAACACAGCACCAGCCACAGAAAUUAACGAAAGUGAUAUUUGGGACGACGAAAUAGAUGACGAAGUGGUAUUACUUGCUAGUCAAGCUUAUGAAAAAGCUAUAAGUGGGCAAAACAAUAAUGAAUUACCAAAUUAUAGUGUCUGUAUGAACCCACCAUCAACAAGUACACAAAUACAUCCAAAACCAAGUGCAGCACCAGGUUAUUUACAGAAUAAAGUUCCCAAUUCAAAAGUUACACCUGCCCAAUUAAAUGAUAAUUGCGAAAGAAAUUCACCUGUACAAAGUUUGUCCAAUAAAUAUAUAAAUAACAAUAAUCUAAGUGAAAAUGUAAUUUCCGAUGAUUUCUGUAGUGAGCUACCAAAUUACAGUUUAUGUAUGGAUCCAUCGUCAACAAGUACACAAAAACAGAUAGAGCCGAGCACAUCUCGAAAUUGCUUUCAAUUUAAAAAACCAACCUCUAAUCAAGUGUUCAACUCAGUCUCUACAAAGUUAAAUGAUAAAUGUGAAAAAAUAUCAUCUCCAUUGAGAGCCAUGUCUAAAGUGUGCAAGACUGAUAAUGUGAAUACAAGUGAAGACCUAAUUUUCAACAACGUGAUAUGCAAAGGGCAAGACUCCGAUCAGGUUUACCGACAACUCCUGCAGUUAAAGGAAGAAAAUGAAAAAUUGAAAUUGGAGAAUGGCAAGUUGCUCGAGAAAUGUGUCACCAAAGAAGGUGAGGCAUCAAUAUUAAGAACUCAAUUGAAAACGUGCCAGAUAGCUGUAGACAACGCUAGGAUGGAGAAAAUUAAAGCACAAGAAAAAGUGCAAAUGGAUUGGUCCGAGAAAUUAAGUGCAGCAAACAAACAACUUGGGGAGCUACGAACACAGUUAGACUUUAAGAAUCUAGAAAUAAUAAGUGCAAAGGAGAAAUGUAAACUUUUAGAAUCUAAUAAAGUGAGGCUCACACAAGUCAAAGCUGGAAGUGAAAUGAUGAGUCAAAGCUACAACAAUAACAGAAGCGGAGUGAUUAAAACACAGUCGAGGAGAGUCAAGAAAAUAUCAAGCGCCGUCCAGACAGAUGACAGGACACAUUUCCUUAAGCUCAACAUCAGCUACACUAAAGAAUACUCAAAACUAUCAGACAUGCUGCCACAUGUCAUGGAUGAUUCAUGCAAACAGUUUUCAAUAUUAGAGUACAACGAGAAGCUGAUGCAGCAGGAUCCAUCGGACAAAUGUCGCAUCUACACAACAUUCCACAGACUACCGAUCACAUCACAGGUUAAAAAAACCAGGAAAAUGUUCAAGUUGAACUGUCUGUAUGAAGAUCUAAGCCACAUAUCGACAUCACAGGAACCGGAUUUAAAGAAAUGUCUCCAUGUUAUGAGAAUGGCCAGAGAUGUAUUACAAGAAGUUCAUCAGGAUUUGGAGACGAUCCAAGAAAGGAUCACGACAGCCUUCAUCAAGGAUAUGGACGAGGUGUACAUGGAGACUACGGGGACCGUCAUAACCGUCACGCACAAGGAGCUUUUGUGUGGCAAGUCUCUUUACAAGGAGGAGCAAGGUGUUCAAGCGAGGCGGCUCACAGCCGUUCUAGUAUACAUUUUAAAGGAUGCCAAAUACAAAGAAGUUAAGAAUUCAAUGUUGCAGGAUGAUAGGACGGUCGAACAGAUAUUUAUUGAGUUAAUCAACAAAAUAUGUGUGGCUCUGGACCGCACGUCAACGUCAACUCUAUACAGCGGAUUGCUGCUAUCAAUGACGUUUCUACUUCAAGCAUUUGUGGGAAGAGACACACACAAGAUGGACGUAGUCAAGAAUAUAAUACUGUGCCGGCCGAUGGGCUUCGUUAUAUGCGAGAUAAUAAAACAAAUUGGAUCUCAUCACAGACAAGACAUUUAUGACAUGUGCGACGGAAACGGCGGAAAUCUGAAAUUAGACCACGAGCAGGGCGUGCUUUUAUACAGAAGAGAUUCCUGUGCAUUGCGGGUGGUACUAGAACAAAUGGAGGUAGCACUCAGAUGUAUAGAGAGACAAUGUUUAGUGACCCAGGCCGUGGAGUGCGGCAGGGGUGUACUGAGGCUGUACAGCACAAUGAACAGCUGUGACGGACAACAAGAUAAACGGUCGAGAUGUGAAUGCAGGAGCGUUCUGAUGCGAGUCAUGGUGUACACAUUGAAGAUAUGCGCGCAAAUGUGGACCGACAGAAGCAAUACCACAGAUGUUGAAUCUCUCCGAGCGGUCUGUCAGUAUGGCGUACAAGUAUUGUACUUAGUAGUGAGUGUUGACACGGACUGCUUGACUAAACAUGAAGGACCCCUAAUACAGAUGUGUCACAUGAUAAAAUUACACUGUGAAGAAAUGUACUCCAAUAUGAUAUCUGAAAUAAUAAGUGCAUUGCAAUCAGCGAGCGACGAAACUCCUCAGAGCUACAACAAGCAGGCUUGGAUCCACAGCUUUCAGACAUUCGCUAUCAACGAAUGAUUUACAUUUGUAUAUAUUAUGUAAUAUAAUACUUGAUUGCA